AUGCAGCGCUGGCAUGAUGUAUCCUGCAGACACCCGGAUGUCAAAGUGUCAGCCGAUCAAACGCCUCGCUGUCAUGCAUGCGGCAAAGAGCCACAGAUAGCUGAGCUAGAGAGAAGCAGAAGCUCAGGCCGCUCCUCCCUGUCUAUUCCUCUCGAUAAACGAUUAGGAGACUUGGAUCUUUGGUGGCCGCGCUCGGUGCCGUACUUUCAAUCAAGCCUUAAGCCAGACCCAGAGUCGGAGGACACUCGGCCGGUUUUCGGUUCACAAGGUGAUGCAGACGAACAACCGGCAGAAGACACAAUAUACAAAUCAACUCUCGGAUCCGACGAGUUCCGCCUGGUUUGGCUCGACUCCGCCGACACCCUCGACAGCCCUUUGCAUCUCAACCUCUGCGACUACAAACUGGACGACUGCCCCGAGUAUGAAACCGUUUCGUACACUUGGGCAGGGGAAGGUGGCGACAGCACGCCUUGCAAGCCUGUUUAUUUUGGUCCGUUCUGGGACAUCAUGCUACAGACCAAGAACUGCUGGGAGAUGCUCCGGUUCGUACGGCCGUGGUAUGGCAACCGCAUUGUGUGGGUUGAUGCCAUCUGUAUCAACCAGGCCGAUAUCCAGGAGGGCAACAUCCAGGUGGCAAACAUGAGCCGUAUCUAUUCUUCCGGCAACCGAGUCAUUCUCUACCUGGGACCAGACAUUGCUAUGCCGCUAUAUGGCAAGCACCCACGACGUCGCAGGCUCCACGAGAUCGCGGACGGCACCAUUGCACCGAAUCUCCCUGCCCCCCAGCCAGUUGAUAGCUCAGGGCGCCGAUCGUAUGUCCAGUCUCCCGGAGAUUUAAAAGCGCUUUUGGGACGACGGUAUUUCUCCCGCAUAUGGGUCAUCCAGGAGCUACUCUUGUCACAGCGAGCCGUCAUGCGCGUCGGAGACGUUGACUUCUGGACUGAUCCUACCACGUCUGUCUACUUCUCCAUCAACUUGCCGGAGUGGAGUUGGGAGCAAACAGAUGCAGCGUGGAUGCAGUAUAUUUCACAAGGCGCUGCGAGCAUAAGCACUCUGAGGGACUUGCUCCUGCUGACCUCUCACUGCCGCGCCACGGAUCCUCGCGAUCGCCUCUUUGGGCUCCUGAGUAUAAUGCCUGAUAUGUCAAAUCCAAGUGCAGAAGGCGAUGCCUCACAAGUGGAGGGUAGUGGGCUGCACGCGGACUACUCACUCUCGUCCCAGCACGUCUAUAUAGGCCUAUUUGCUUACUGUCUCCUGAAUCUGGGACACUUCAAUAUUCUCUACCAUGCGUCUGGUAACCUGUCAAGGUGGAAAGCAUACUAUCCCACCUGGGCUCCAGACUGGACAUCGCGAGCAACCCGGCGGGCCCUCUUUGACGGACCUGAACUGACCAGCGAGCAGGUAGAGGCGGAGAUUCGUGACAACAUCCAGGAAGGCGUCCGUGAUAGUAGAGGUGCCGAAUCGGAUUGGUACAUAUCACCCACGAACAGUGAUUCAUUUUCUAUAAUUGAAUGCUGGGGGCCGGCCUCAACUCAUGCCGCGACGCUGAGGCCGUGGUACAAGGACGCGCACAUAGACGCCUCUACGGGGGCACUGUCUAUGAAUCUGACACAUUACAUGUCGGUCCCUGGGAAGCUGAGGCGAGUUGGCCGCAUUGGCGUAUAUCAGAUUUUCGCAAUGAAAAAGUCUCUGGCUACGUUAUUCAUCCUCUCGGAACACCGGAUUGAUAAGAUGGUUAUGGGAGACGGCAGGGACGAGCUGUUCAUACUGAGUCAGGCUGGUAACUACACACUACCGACAUAUCUUCUUUUGAGGAGAAGCCCCAAUUCAGGAGACAGGGAAUCGUACAAUUUCCUUUCCGCAUGCCCGUUUGUCCAGAUUCAGGCCGACGUUGGCAUGGGCACAGUGGGCUUUAUGCAUGUAACGCUGAAGGACCUGCAGUACAGCGUAUACGACAUCCUCCAAGACCUGCAAGAGAGGCUAGACUAUCCGUUGUAUGUUCAAAAAGGCCUUGAACUCACCAGCCUUGAGAUGAAGGGGCUGUUCGUCGGAAUAGAGACGAAUCGUCAGAUCCUGCCUCUGAUCCGGGUGUUGCAUUCAGAAAGGGUGAACCCGCCUGGGGACCCUGACGCUUUCGUUGACGCAUAUCUCGCAUGUCUGUCUCCAGAAUACAAAGGAUUCGCCAGGGGAAGCUUUCUGCAAAUCACCUUUUCAACAAAUCAGGGGAGUGUGGCCGAAACCUACUUUAAGGAGCGUGGAAAGCUCAAUAGGCCUGAGGCACGUUUUCGAUAUCGCGUUCGCGAUUCUGGAGAUGAAUGGAGGUCGACCAUUGUGUCACAGUCCAAGUAUAAGCAAAUUACCGACUCCUCGCAGCCCCAGCAAUGGAUUGAUAUUUGCUUCAAAAAACACGAGGUUCGCCAAGCUUUGACGUUAUAUUCAAAUGUGGAUAGAAUUCUGGACACCAUGGAUAUGAUUUCAGCUUCGACUGGGCGCACAGGUGAAGGCUUGUGGUUAAUGGUGACUGGUGACCCUGGAGAUGAGUGUAAGUUCAUUUGUCACUCGCAGGACAAAACAUAUCUCGAUUUAGACACAAAGCUAUGUGACUACUUUGGGAUGGAUGGAAGUACAUUCAUGGUUAGCAUCGAGUAG